AUGGGUUCUAUUAAGAAGACGUCCAAGCCAACCCCUAUCCGCUCUUCUCGUCCAUCCGACGAUACCUCGAGCACGAUUGCCCGAUGCGGCUCGCCGACAAGACAAACCUCCAAAGCCACGAAGAAGGCAAAGUCUGGACAUAAGAAGGACAAGAAAGAUAUCAAGAAGAAGGAUGCUGUCGAGGGGUAUGAUAUCGGAUCGGACUUAGCCUACAUGGGUUCACAGUUUGAGGAAUAA